AUGUAUGGCUUCUGCAUGGAGAGGUUUGCCUGCGGGAUUUUACAUGGACCACAAAUCACCCCAGAGGAGGCUUCAUGCUUUGCCACCAUUCCAGAGGUUCCAGUCUAUCGUCCCAAAGAGUCUGAGUUUCGUGAGUUUGCCAUGUGUAUGUCGCUCAUUGAGCGUAUGGGGGCGCAGCACAUGGGUCUCUGCAAAAUCAUCCCUCCAACCUCCUGGUGCCCACGUCGCAGUGGCUAUAAGGACAUCAACUUCACCAUCGAGAAGCCCAUCAUUCAGUUUUGCACCGGCACCGGUGGCAUCUAUCUUCAAGAUGUACGCGCUCAGAAGAGUAUGAGCUUCAAGAAGUACGAAAAAAUGUCGAAUUCCUCUAGACUCCAGACACCCAUACACGCUAGCGUGAAUGAGCUGGAGGAGAUCUAUUGGAAGUCAAUCCAUCGCUUGCAGCCAUUGUAUGGAGCCAAUGUGAGUGGAAGUUUGACGGAUCCCGAUCAGCCCUAUUGCAACAUUCCCAAACUGCGCUCCAUGCUGAGUGAUAUUCUGGCCCAGGAGGACAUUGAAAUUGGUGGUGUAAAUACUCCCUACCUCUACUUUGGCGCCUGGGCCACCACAUUUGCCUGGCAUGUGGAAGACAUGGACCUGUACUCAAUCAAUUACCUACACUUUGGCGCGCCUAAGCUUUGGUACUGCAUUCCGCCAGCUUUCGCGAGAAAAUUUGAGGCUUUUGCUCGAGAGCACUUUAAGUCGGAAUUCCUCGCAUGCCGCAGUUUCCUCCGCCACAAGUCUAUACUGAUCGAUCCGAAGGUUUUAGCCGCAGCCGGAAUCCCCACACGUCGCAUCCUACAAUACGAAGGUGAGAUAAUGUGCACCUUCCCCUACGGCUACCACGCGGGUUUCAACACAGGCGUGAAUUGUGCCGAGUCAACUAACUUUGCUUUGCCGCGCUGGGUGGAGUAUGGCAAGCACGCGAGCAUUUGCACGUGCUGGGACGACACGGUGCGGAUAGAGAUGGGCCCCUUUGUGCGACGCCUCCAGCCCCACCUCUUUGAGGCCUGGCAACGGGGUGAGCAAAGUGGUCCGCAUCCCCUUGAGAUAUACACUCCUCACAUGCGCGGAGAGAUCACGACGUCAAUCAAUUUUGAAGGUGGCUACGUUGUGGAGGGCGAUGGUCUAAACUUGGCGGAUCUCAAUGUUCGCAAUCUCUUUUACACCAACAGAGCUUUGGCCGAAGCAGCCUUGCCGAUAUACUUAAAACGCAACCGUAGGCUCCGACCUCUUUGGUGUGGAUUCAAGGCAAAUCCCAGGACAAUUGCUCAUUUUAACCAAAUCGUAGGCACUCAGGAACCCUUUUGUUCAAUCUGCGCGUUUUUUUGGUCUCCACUGGCCACCCGGAAGGCGCUAUGUGAGCCGCACAAAGCGAAACCCCUGCUCGAGUUCAGUGAGCCCUACCUCUCUGAGGUAGCCUUCUGUCGGUCAUCCGCCGACUUCGCUAGGAUCCAUGCUAAAUGUGACUCUAACAGCCGAAUUCUUGUCUGCUCCCGGUGCAAAGUCGUCGUCCACGCCAGUUGCUACGGUCUCGAUGAUGAACUUGACUAUUACUCGCCGAUGUGGAAGUGUGAUGCGUGUAAUUCCAUUGAUGACGAACCCCAAUGUGUACUGUGUCCAAUGCGCGGAGGAGCCCUGAAGGCCCUGGCCAACAUGCGCCGCUCGAGUCGUGGAGAGCGGUUCUGGGUGCAUCUGGCCUGUGCUAUCGCUGUAGGGCCACAACAAUGCUGCUUUCUCGAUGUUCGUCGUCGUUUACCCGGUCUGCUGCAGCACUUGCCGCGGCACACAGUCCAGCGCUUUAGCUCACCGCCACUCUCGCCACUAGCAGGUAUGGCCAGGAGGUCACGACCACUGCCGCCACGUGACUCUCUUCCGCGUGGUAGCGCUCUCCAAUGCCUGGCUCCAGACUCGUUGACAUCUACCUUCGUCGGCCUCUCAGAAAACGAUGUGAUGGAAGUGAAAGAAAAACCGAUGGAAACGUCUUCCUACCCAUUUUUGCCCCAAUUGCAAGUGCACCCGUCCGGCAGCGCGCUUGGCGAGGCCUUGGCCUCUAAAAGCAGCAAUUUGAUUUCCAGGAUUGGCGGCGAUGGCGUUGUAGCCGAUACCAACGGGGAAGUAGUUGUGGCAAUUGGUGACACCAAAGACGAUCACCAAAGUGAGGGUGGAUGUCGCCAUCGCUCGCGGAGACGAGCGCGUCCACCCUCUUGGGUUACUCAAGAUUAUCUUCUUUCGCAACCCCCAAAAUUGUCCAAACCAAUAAAAACUCGGCCAAUGAGCCCACAAACCUUGCUAACAGACACCAGUGUAGAGACACCAACUUCGGCAAAGGUGGAGCUCAGAGACCACUGUGAUGAAUGCGGUCUGCCCUCACCCGGCGGCCCUUAUUUGGAUCUGCCGCUUGUCGCCUGUUGGCACAAAAACUGUCCCGGUCGCUUUCACCUCACCUGUGCCCAGUUUAGUGGUAUCCUCAUUGCCACCAGUCAGUAUCCGCAUUGCUUCUAUAUCGCUUGUCGUCGGCAUUUGAGCGAAUAUCGGGAGUUUGAGCACGAUGAGGAGGAGGCACCUCUGCAGCCUGGGGAUAUGGUGUACGCUCUCCAUCCUGGCAACGGUCGUUAUUACAAGGCUGUCGCUGUGAAACUGACCGGUCCACAACUGUGCAAAUUGGUGUUCCCGGAUGGCACCUUUUCGCGGGAUACACCUUCUGACUAUAUCGUCGGCCACGAUUGGCACAAACUCGGGCCACCAAAAGUGGGUUCGCAGGUGAAAGUCAAGUGGACUGACAACCUUGAGUAUUCGGCCGUCUUUCAGGGUGCUUCAGUUGAUAAGUGGAAUGUCCGCUUUCCAAAUGGCCAGACUCUCAGGCUUCGACGUGAUAAAAUUUUCCGGGUUAAUGCACGAAUCCCCACCCACAUUCGAAGCCUUAUCAUGCGCUGA